UAAAAAGUGAGGCAGUUAUUUCAAAGUCACUUGUUGAUCACGGAUCUCGAAAAUGAAUAAACUACUGGCGAUCGCUGUUGUUUUGUCUGUGGUAGCCGUCUUGGUGUUUUCUGAGAGAUGCCACCACUACCAUGAGUGCAUGGACACACAAUGUACUGGAAAUAACACUCAUAUAAUAUGUCAACAUGACACAUGUACAUGUGUCUCUCAUAUUUCUUGUGGCGAUGUAGCCGAUUGUCACGACGCUGGACAUUGCCAUAAAGAUGGUACCCAUUACCACUGCGUGGACCACAUGUGUACUUGUCUUAAAGACGAUUUUACUGACCAUCCCGAACAUCCACUACAUCCACAUCACUGAUAUUGUCUUCUUAUUAAUGAUUAAAGGUGAAAAAUGA